AUGGCUUUGCUCAUUGCGUCUGGUGAGCUUAUUAAGCUAUCACCUUCACUACCUCAUCCAGCUCAUUGGCACAUACGCAAUGUCUUUGACAACAAUCAAUUAACAGAGCUGUCGAGGGGGUCACAGGAGCUAGCGCAUUCGGCGACAAAAACGCAUUGUGUUUGUCUCGAAUUCUCGCGUGGGAUCAUUGUAUCCGUUUUGGCUGCCGAUCUACGGCUACUAUCACGGCAAGGGAGAUCCGAAGCUGCCGUGCUGAAAAGAUUUUCUGACAUGGGUGUCGCGCUUCGUCCGAGCUUUAUCUACGGAUGGUGA